CUCAACCCAACGUCUUGUGUUGUGAUGCUUGACACCAAACUACAACCUCAUCGACAUGGAGACCCUCGAGGGCCUCGGCCUCGCAGCCAAUAUCCUUCAGUUCUGCCAAGCGGUAGGAUCACUCAUUAACCAGGCCCAUGAGAUUUACCGUUCAGGCCCGGCCGCACUGGGCAAGGUCAACGAUCUUCGAGGUAUCUCCAAGGAUCUCCAUAAGAUGCUGUCGGAAAUGCAGCGACAAAGAUACCCAGAUGAAGGAGAAGCACCCGACAGAGACAUCGCAGUUGCCACUUCACAAUGAGUGCCUCACUCUUUUACAAGACUUCACAAGUUCACUGGAUCGGUUGGAUUUGCCAGAGAAUCCGGGGGAAAAGAGAGUCCAUCAUGAUCGCAUUUAGGGCGCGGUGGAAUUGCUCCAAACUUGAGGACUUGGAGAAACGAAUCGAAAGUUUUCGUCAGCAGCUUGUUCUUGGUCUUCUCGUCACCAUCAGAAACUUUGCGAUGCAGUCACUUGAUCAUGAGGAGGCCCCUCUUCAAAGACUUGACGGCGUAACUCAGGUGCCACGACCAGAACAAAGCGCUCCAGCCCACGCGCUAUUCCAGCAUCUCGCCCACAGAGGAGGACUGGAUAAUUACGCGACAGACUCUAUCCGAUGGAAAACUCUGCAUAGCUCUACCCUCAAUCGUGUCGCCACAGGUCAAGGAGAGAUGGUUAGCCCCCCAGCGAUAGAAACAAGCUUCAACAGCAGUUCUUGUCUACGGUUCUUGGCACAGACGGCAAGAAUCAACGACAGUCUCAAAUCCAUGAAGCUCACAAGCGCACAUUUGAGUGGAUUUUCGACGAAAACGGUGAAGCAGAGCAUCCAUGGGACAAUUUUGUCGAAUGGUGCGAGCAAGGCUGGCUCUGGGAAGUCAACACUGAUGAGAUUCAUCUCUCAACAUCCCCAACUCAUGAAGCACCUCCAGGUCUGGUCUAAUGGUGCGCCAGUCACCAUUGCUUCGUUUUAUUUUUGGGCGUCGGGAACCGCGAUGCAAGCAUCUUCCGAAGGGCUGCUUCGGCCCCUGCUCUACCAAUUGCUGGACCAGCACAAACACAUCAUUCCUAAACUCGCGCCUCAGACAUGGGAGGGGACCUAUCUAUUCGGAGCGCCAAUGCCAAUGGUUCAGGCCGAUGACCUGCGAAGAAUGCUGGGUUUUACGGUUCGUGAAGUGGGCAAAAUCUCGAGGAUCUGUCUUAUCAUUGAUGGCUUGGACGAGUUCGGGGGGAGUACAGAUGAUGUCCUUGACACCAUUGAGGCUUUCACCUCGCAUUACAUCAAGGUUUGCGCUGCCAUCCGUCCUUGGGUGGCUUUUGAGGAGUCAUUCUAUCAAAAACCACAACUGCUACUUCAAAACUUGACUCGUCAAGACAUGGAGGAUCCGCGCUAUGAGGGAACCGUGGUUUUAGGCGCCUUCGAGCGCGCGAGCCCGACUUUGCGGAGCAACUCGCGAGGAAUAUUGUGGACAAAGCUGAUGGUGUCUUCUUAUGGGUGUGUCUUGUUGUGA